GCGGGGCCUGGAGCGGUGGGAGCGGGUGAGUUUUUCCAUGUGGAAGUUGGGAUGAGGAGAUCCAAGAGGAGGCACCUGAUGGCUCCGGAAUGCCGAGCUCUGGCCGAGAGCUCCGAGGUUCCGUCGGCGUUGCGGCAGCCGCGGAGCCUGGAGCGAGGAAUCCGCGGCCUUCAUCCCAUCCCGCGCCCUCGGAGAUGCUCCACAGCCCCCGGCCGGCAGAGGAGCAUCCUGGAUUUCUGCGGGAUCCGGAGCCGCGGGAUCGAGGAGGAUCCGUCGGAUCCCUGUUCCCCUUCUCCUCCAGAUUCCUGCCUUUUCCAGCAUUCCCAGCUCUCCGUGCCACCUCCAACUGCACAUUCCAGGAAAAGACCUCUUCCCUCUGCACCCUCAGGAAUUCCCACCCCAGAGCUGGAUCUUUGGGAUGAACCCCAGGAGAAAAUUCCCGAACUCCUCCAGCAGGAAUGGGAAGAGCUGGAAGUGGAGCCUCUUCCCGAUCCCCACUACGGCCUCCUGGGCACUCGGAACUGGGAAUUCCCUCAGGGAUCCAUGGAUUCUCUUCCUGCUGAAAUCCUCAGGAAUAUUUUUGCUCUCCUGCCGGUGCUGGAUCUGUACCAGAACCUGAGCCUGGUCUGUCAUUCCUGGCGGGAAAUUAUCCGGGAUCCGCUGUUUAUUCCAUGGAAAAAGCUCUACCACCGCUACCUGAAGGGGGAGCGCUCGGCCCUGCAGGGGGUGGAGCAAAUCCUGCAGGAAUUUUCCAUCACCAAGGAAAACCAGGAAUGUGUCCUGGGCCUGGUCAGGUUGGUGGCAUCCAAGGGAGCCAAGGUGGAUCCCAACGCUCUUCUCCGGAUUUUGGGAAGUCAUCCCCUCUUCCCAAAGGCUCAAAUCUGCGUCCACAAAAAAUUCCCAGAUUUACUCAGCAAGCCUGGGCCCGAGAGGAUGUGGGCGAUCUUUGCCGUCAUGGUGCUGUUUUCCGACGGCGUCGGCGACAUCCGGAGCCUCCUGGAAUAUUUCCGGAGCUGCCGCUCGGAGCUGACGCCGCUGGAGGCGACCGAGGCUCUUCACUGCAUGGCCACGGUGCUCCAGGCCAUGAGGGACCGGGACAUUCCCGUCUCCAACAGGAUUCACUACAAUAUUUUCUACUGUUUGUAUCUGAUGGAAAAUUCCUCUGGAAUUGCUCAGCCUCCGGAAAAGGGAAGAGAGGAUUUGUGUUCCAGUGGCUGGGCCAAUGUCAAACUGACCCAUGAGCAGCAGAGAAUUUUGAAUCAUAAAAUCGAGCCUGGGCAGACAGUGAAAAUCAUGGCAUUUGCAGGCACAGGGAAAACCUCGACUUUGGUCAAGUACGCGGAGAAAUUCCCGGAGCUGAAAUUCCUUUACCUGGCUUUUAACAGAGCUGUGGUGGAAAAGGGGAAAAAGGUUUUUCCAAGGAAUGUCACGUGCAAGACUUUCCAUUCCUUGGCUUUUGGAAGCACUGGGAGAUGCUACAAAGACAAAGGCAAGCUGAACUUUUCCAAGAUGUCCGUGUUUUCCAUCAGCUCCCUCCUUCGGAAUUGCAAAGGCCAGUCCCUGUUUGUGAGAGCGAAAACGGUGGCGCAGACCUUGGAGAAUUUCUUCUCCUCCAUGGAUGAGGAGAUCAGCGAGGAGCACGUCCCGCUCUGGUUCAGGAACACCCACGGGAACGUGGAGCGCGUGAGCCCAAAGGAAAAGAGAAUCAACGUGGAAGAGGCCAGGGAGAUUUGGCACAACAUGAAGGAGCUGGAUGGAGACGUGGAAAGGAAAUACAAGAUGACUUGUGAUGGAUAUUUGAAACUCUGGCAGCUCAGCAAACCCCAGCUCUCAGGAUACGACGCCAUUUUUGUGGAUGAAGCCCAGGAUUGCACUCCAGCCAUCGUGGAUAUCGUACAAUCCCAAAAAUGUGGGAAAAUCCUGGUGGGAGACCCUCACCAACAGAUCUACACAUUCCGAGGGGCUGUCAACACCCUCUACUCGCUGCCCCACAGCCACGUGUUCUACCUGACCCAGAGUUUCCGCUUUGGGCCCGAAAUCGCCUACGUGGGAUCCACGAUCCUGGAUUUGUGCAAAGGGAUCCGCGGGAAAACCCUGCUGGGAGGGACCCAAAAGGGAGACGUGAGGGGAAGCUGGGCCGGGUCGGUGGCGCUGCUGUCCCGGAGCAACUUGAACGUGUUCGAGGACGCCGUGGAAUUCUCUGGGAGAGACCCCCCAGCCAAAAUCCACAUUAUUGGGGGUUUGCAGCGUUUUGGGCUGGGAAGAAUUUUGGACAUUUGGAAGCUGAGCCAACCCCCAGAGCUCAGGAAAAACGCCGAGCUGGAGAUAGAUGAUCCGUUCAUCCGGCGCUGGGAGGCGUCGGGCGGGUUCCCGGCGCUGCGGGAAUUCGCCGCCUGCGUUCAGGACCGAGACCUGGAAGGGAAAAUUUCCAUCGUGGAAAAAUACCGGGAACGGAUCCCGGAGCUGCUGAGGAGGAUCAGGGACAGCCACGUUUCCCGGGAAUCCCUGGCAGAUUAUCUCCUCGGGACCGUGCACCAAGCCAAGGGCCAGGAAUUCGACAGCGUUUGGGUCGCGGAUGAUUUUGUGCAAAUCUCGUCCACGGCUUUCCUGAGGAGAGCGAGCGACGCUCUGGGCCAGAUCCCUGAGGACGAGUGGAACCUGCUCUACGUGGCCGUGACGAGAGCCAGGAAAUGCCUGCUGAUGUCCAAAUCCCUGGAAAACCUUCUAAGCCUGGCCAGAGAACAUUUCCUCCGGGUGGAGCUGCUGAGUGAGGCUGCCCCAUCUCCCAUCCCUUGUUGUGUGUUGGGAUGUACAAAAUCCCUGGAAUUCUGCUCCGGGCUGGUGGUAAAGAAGCUCCCGUUGAGUCGAAGCGAUGGCAGCCGGGAUCUGGGGGGAUUCCUGUGCCAGGAUUGCACCCAGCAACUCUUUGGCUCCCUGGCUCCGCUCGUCUCAUUCCCAACGAUCCAGGAAAAGCCCAUCCAGCCCUGACAGAGCCUCCGGCUUCCCAGAGCCGUCCUGGACCUGGGACAAAUCCUCUUGGCACAUCCCAGCUCCAAAAUCAGACGUUGGAGAUGGAAAUCAGGAUGUUGGAGCAGGAUUUCAGCCAAAUGCUCCAAAUUCCAGGCAAAUGUUGGAGCAGGAUUUCAGCCAAAUGCUCCAAAUUCCAGGCAAAUGUUGGAGCAGGAUUUCAGCCCAGCUCCAAAUUCCAGGUGAAAGUUGGAGCAGGAUUCCUCUUGGCACAUCCCAGCUCCAAAAUCAGACGUUGGAGAUGGAAAUCAGGAUGUUGGAGCAGGAUUUCAGCCAAAUCCUCCAAAUUCCAGGCAAAUGUUGGAGCAGGAUUUCAGCCAAAUGCUCCAAAUUCCAGACAAAUGUUGGAGCGGGAUGUUCCCAGCUCCAGAGGAAUUUCCAGGCUCCCUGGGGAUGAUGUGAUUUCCUCCAGCCCUGCCUCAUCCUCCAGGAGCUGGCAAGUGGAAUAUCCAGAGGAUAAGAGGAUAUCCAGAGGAUAUCCAGAGGAUAUCCCAGAGGAUAUUCCAGAGGAUAUCCAGAGGAUAUUCCAGAGGAUAUCCAGAGGAUAUUCCAGAGGAUAUCCAGAGGAUAUUCCAGAGGAUAUUCCAGAGGAUAUCCAGAGGAUAUUCUUGCACUUCAGGAAUGGGAUCCGACAGAACAAGGCUCAUUUUGGAGCAUUCCCUCUCUUCCCCCUGACACCAAACUUCCCAAAUAUCCCAUCAUUCCCAGAAUUCCCUCUGAUCCAAUGGAAAAAAGAGGAAGCACAAUGCUGGAAAAUAUCCAAAGAAAGUUUAUUUAUUGGAAAUGAACUUUUCCUGUCCAGCCACGGGAGGAAAUCCUGAAUGUCUCCCGGUGAAUUCAUCUUCCAUCCUUGCAGCCAAGGGAUUUCCCUGGAUUCUUUCCCUCCUCCCUGCAGCCAACCAGGAGGGAAGAGAUAAGGCAGGAGCAGAAAAAUUCGGGGACAAACUGGAGAGGGAUUUCCAAUCCUCAAAUUAAAUUUAUAGACAAAAAAAAAUUCCAUUGUG